UUUCGUACCUUUGCUCUCUUACCGGGGUACGAGUUGGACCCCAUUUGUUGCACGUUCUCAACUCACUCGCUACACGAGAACCCCGCAUACGAAACCAUCUCUUAUGCGUGGGGGGAUGCGCGUGACACGGAAGGCAUCUUCGUUGACAAAGCAAAAUUGGAAAUCCCGCGAAGCCUUGCAACAUGCCUAAGGCAUCUGCGCAACGCAUCGGAUGCCAUGAUAUUGUGGGCAGACGCCAUUUGCAUUGAUCAAAAGAACAACCAAGAGAAGGCACAGCAGGUCAAAAUGAUGGGGGAUAUCUUUCGAAGAUGCACCUCGGUUUACAUCUGGUUGGGU